AUGAAAUUGAUCGCGAUUCUUCUCAUUAUCAUUCAUGUGUGUUGCGAUUCCGGAAUUCCGGUGAUUCCAUGCAUCAACUGCGAUUGUCCUUUGGGAUUCCGACGAUUCAAUCGACCCGAUGGGCACGCGGUUUGCAUAAAAAUGGCUGUCAAAUGGCUCAACUAUUAUCAAGCUGUUAGUCUUUGUGCUUCGCAGGCUCCCGGAGCAAAACUCAUUGGUUUAGCGACGAAAGAAGAAAUCGAUUACGUUGCAGCCAGAUCUAUUACAGCAAACGCCGGCUACUGGUGGUACUAUAUUGGCGCAUUUCGAAAUCCAUUUUGUCAUGCCGAACGAGAAGUCCUAGAAACGCGACCAAAUUGUAGUAUUGAUAAGAUGUUCGUCUGGACGGAUAACAUAACAGAAAGCAAGUUCGCAUGGUCAUAUAAAUGGCACCUAUUCAAUCCCAAUUCGUUUUAUAAAGAUGGCGAAUUUGAAUCGGCCAUUGCCAUCAAAGAAACGGGCUUGGGCGAUUGGAGGUAA